UUAUUACAGCUUAAAAUUGUUGAAGUGAAGCGAAUCCAUAAUUUUAAUUCAGAUAAACAAUUGCUGUAAUUUAAUGUACCCAUAUAAGCCGGCAUUCUUUCCAAAAUCACACUUUGCGUUAAACCAGUUAUAACUUGAAAGUAUAGUAAACACUUGAUGUAGUUUUGGGAUAUUAAAAUCCCAAUGAGCAUCGAAUUUUGACGAUGGCUUCUCUUAGUGGUGACAGAAGGUCUUUUAAUUUUUCAACUUUUUUUUGGUAUACUGAAUAACGAAAGUAAAACAUGUAGAUUGAUUAAAAUCAUAAAUGGCUCUUUUUACAGUAGAACAAAUUGAACUGAUACGUCGGCUACGAAGUAGUGGAAUUACUAGAGAACAAGUUUUAUUAGCUUUUACAGAAUUAGAGCGUUUUGAAUCUGAGUUUGGCAGAACAUGCUCGUAUGGCGAUCAGUAUCAUAAUCACAACAUGGAAUUUUCUUUUAGUAGUACAGCUGUUGUUCGAAGUAAUUGCACUGCUUCAGUUUUAACAGGUUCAAGUGUUCCUAUUCACGCAGCUUCUGUUCCUGCUGUUAACGGUGGUUCUCAUCAAAUGUCAUACAAACCUAAUGAGUAUUUUAAUUCUCAACCAGUGUCACAACGCAAUGGUACUAAUACCUGUGAAGAUGUUUCUGAUUCAUUGGCACUAAACGGGGAUUGUUCAGUAAAUACUGCAGAUAUGUCAUCUAGAAUGGAAAAUGAACUGGCUUUAACUCCUGUUAAUGAUUCAUCUAUUGUUUCUUGUUCAGAAUCAAUGUCUCAAAGUGCGUACAACAGCUCAUUUAACUGUUCAUUUUAUCCAAUGGAGGUGCAAUCUGAAGAACUUGCAGAGCUUCAAGAAUUAAAAAAGAAAGGAGACAUGGCUGUGCUUGCUGAAAUUCGAAAUUUUGUGAUGACUUAUAAUAUUAAACAGACUUUAAUAGCUGAGAUGACUAAAAUGAGCCAACCUUAUGUUAGUCGAUUUUUUAGAGGAGACAUUCAAGAUAUGCCAGAUCGCACGAAAAACGUUUUUUUCAUGUGGUAUUUAACUUGUAAAAAUAAUCCCCUAAAACUAGCACAAAUGUGUCCAAGUUCUGGAAUUAAAAGAAUGGUGUCUGAAUCUGGUGAUCUAAUUCCUCUUAAAAGAGAACGAUUCACAUUCAAAGGCUCCCAUCUUGCUGUGUUAGAAAAAUAUUAUGAACAAGAUCCUUACCCGGAUACUCAAGUGCGAGAACAGAUUGUUGAACAAUGCAACAAAGCUGCUGAAAAAUGUGAGUGGCCUUUAUCCGAUAGAGACACUGUUACUCUUCCUGUUGUAAACAAUUGGUUCAACAAUCGGAGAAAAGAUGCUAAGAAGCAAAUGCGUCUGAAACACGGUUUAGCCAAUAUUAAUGUCCAGUCAUCUUAUCAAGCUUCUUUUUCAAGUGUUGUGCCCACAGGUAAAUGGUCUCCUCGAUCCAUGUCUUCAUCCUCAUCCUCAUCGUAUCAUUAUCAAGGUUUUUCAAAUGAAAUAACUGAAAGUGAUAGCUCAUCAACAUCUGAACGAAUUAUAGAGAAUGAUGUAAACUCUAAGAAUAACAUACCCGAACAAGAAUCUUGUGAUAUGAAGCAUAUUUUAGCGUAUGAACCUGAAGCUCAAAGGUUAUAAUUUUUAAAACUUGCAUGGUUGUUGUUAUAUUUUCCUUUAAAAAUCUGAUGUAAAGGCAUCUAAAAUGUGAAAUGAUAUUGUUGAUUUUUCUUUAUACAUAAUAGUGUGAUGAGUUUUAUAUAUCGUUUUCGUGAUCACACCAAGGGCAGAAAAUAUUUGGUUACAGGUGGUGAAAACGAAUUCAUGCUGUGAUAAAUUUGCAUGCUUUGCGAAAAUAGGUCUCAGAUUUUUGGGAUCUUCAUGUGCCUGAUACUGUAAGUAGUGUGCUAAAACUGAAAAAAAGUUUUUCAUGUUAUGCUGUUUUGUUAUAGUUGAAGAUGCUCAGAUAAACUUUGAAAGUGUUCAGUCUCUAAUGACAGUUAAAGUUUUCCAGAGUAUAAUUGCUUAGAGAAAAAAUAUGAACUAAGAAAUUUAAGGAGUGAUUAUGAUGCUAUCAAUUCAAAAAUCAAUAGCUACAGAUCUAACAGAAGUCCAUAUUGUACUAAGAAACACCUGUAAUCUAGUAUUUGUGUAAAUGGCUAAGUUUUGAAAGAUUUAUAUUAUUUUGUAGAUAAAUAGAUGUUGAAUAUUUUAACCCCUGUUGAUAAACAAUCAACGAAACAAUAGGGUUUCUCACAUGUUAACAUUUGUUUCAAAAUUGAGUAUCUUUCUACUUUUUUCUUUUUAUAAAAAAUGUUUUAACAUGUUAAGUGCCACCAUGCAUUAUUAAAAAUGGCUUUGUGGAAUUAAAAUGUUUAAAAUUCCCAGUAUAAUUAGUGUUAUAUUGUCUAAAUCAUGUUUUUUGAAAAUCCAUUGAGUUUUGUAAAUAAUAGAAAAAGACAAUGUUUUUACUGAUGUAUAAUUACUGCACAAGUGAAUUCAGAAAAUAUUUCAGUGUAUUCCAGAACAUAAGAUAGCAUAUUCUGGAUAAAAUUAUUGGUAUUAAGAAACAUUUUACCUCGAAACUUUAAUAUAUAUGUCUAAUGACUUUUACAUCUAUGGAGCAUGAGGUUCACCACUGCUACUUCUGGUUUGUAUUUUUAAAUGUAUGAUAUUCACACUUGGUUAUUGUGGCAGUUAACAUGUUAAGCAUAUUUUUCAAAAUUUUUAAUGCAUAUUCCAAAUAUUUAAUAUUCUUUCAGUAAGUUUGUUAUUGAUACAUAGUUUUAUUCAUGUUAAAAAUAUCUUCAUAGAACUAAUGAACCAAGAAAAAUGUUUCACUAUAUUCUAUAUUACACACUGUGUAUUUGUUGGCAAGUAGGUUUUGUUUCUGUGCCAGUGAUUUAAAAUUUGUACUUUAAUGGUAGCUUUUGAAUCAAAAAGAAAUACCUUUGAACACUGCCUAAAAUUCUCUGGAUGUCUUAUCUUCUUUUGCUUGUGAUA